AUGGCUCUUAUGAAACACAAGACCACCGAUUUAGUACAAGCUAUUUGGACCAAAUGGGAGGGGUCCACAGAAGAGAAGAUGGGACUGGUGCAUGGUCUAACCAUGUACGUAGCAGACAUUGCUACACUUAGACCUGGAGAAGAACUGAAUGAUCAGAUAAUAAAUGCAUAUAUAAGCAUAAUAAAGAAAAAAACAGAUCAGGUGAACCAGACGAUGCUGUGUGUCAGCAGUCCUAUCAUAUCAUCUAUCAUGUUGGGGAAAGGCCAUAUGGGGUGGUCAAAAAAGCAGGACAUAAGAGACUAUGAUGUAGUCAUAGGCUGUGUAAACGAGAAGAGUUGCCACUCGGUGACUUUCGUUCUUGAUGUGCAACAUAGACGUUGUGUUGUUAUGGACCCACCCCACAAGACUAAAAGUCUUCGGCUAAACUCAAAACAUUUAAACUCUUUCUCGAAAACCAUGGGCUAUGGCGAGUGGCAGCUAAGUAGCUCUUCAGAUGUCCCCAUACAGCAGGACUUCACAUCCUGUGGGAUUUUUUGUUUAAAGGUAUAUGAAUAGGCUGGUAAAAUUAUUAGGGAUGUCAAAUCGGUCAAUAUUUGAUAAUUGUUUACUUUUACAAUUCCCUUAUUAAGUAUGCGGGUACUCAUUGAGAAUGUAAAUAACAGUCUUGUUAUUUUCUUGAGCCAAGUUAAGCCCUUUUAAACAGU